UUACAGAGUUCCUCUCAUGUGUCGUCAAAGGGUUCCUCUCAUGUGUCAUCAGCAGUUACAGAAUACACACCUUACGUUCUUGCCAGCUUUGGUUCUUUUUAGACUACCAUUGUCGUGACGAAAAAAAAAACUUCAGAGACCUUACUUGCACGGCCCAAAGCGUUAUCAUUGCUACUUCAUACUUUCCUGCCAGGGUGAGUAAUAAUUGCGUCUUGCAAUUGGAUUACAACUGUCAAUCAUUCUUCUUGAGAGCAGCCUAUUCGCUGUUGUUAGGAUACCGCAGUUGACGAGAAAUAUUUCAGCCUCCUUCACAUUUCUGCCUCUUCGUUUCAGACGUCAGACUGACUUCCAACUGACCAGUAGAAACCGCAUUAGCGUCGGUUUGUCAUAUAUUAUAUAUCACUCAUCUCUUUGGACAUUAACGUCUAUUGCGUUACUAUGGACGGAGCAUCCAAUUCUAGUGAAAGCCAAAACAGCACUGGUGUGCUGGGUAACCUAACAUCUGAGCAUGUAAAGGCGUAUUUUGUGACGGAGCCUCCCCUGACUCAGGGCGAGCUGUCGGCGGUGUCGGCGGCGUACGGGGCGGUGUUCCUGGUCGGCGUCCUGGGCAACCUGCUGGUGGCCGUGGUGGUGCUGAAGGUUCCCCACAUGCGCAGUCCCACCAACUACCUGCUGUUGAACCUGAGCGUGGCGGACCUGCUGGUACUGCUGGUCUGCAUGCCCGUGUCUCUCACAGAAACAUGGGUCGUCUAUCCCUGGAUACUCGGAGAGUUCAUUUGCUACUUCUCUCCGUACAUGGAGUUCGUGACGUUCCACGCCUCCACCCUGACCAUCAUGGUUAUCAGCGUGGAGCGCUACUUCGUCAUCUGCAAGCCGCUGCACUGUAAGGAGACCCUGACGGGCCGGUUCAUCGCCGGCGUGCUGGUGGUGCUGUGGGCGGCAGCCUUCAUCACCAGUCUGCCUGUCCUGUUCAUCACACACUUCAAACAGAUCGACUCUGUCGGACCGGACCCACUCUACACGUGUGAGACGGAAAGCUCCACCUUUUGGGCUAAGGUGUACCUGCUGUCCAGCGCUGUCGUGUUUUACUUCGUGCCCAUCGUGCUGCUGUCCGGCUGCUGCCUGGUCAUCAGCCGCCACCUGAACAACCCUGACGCCCAGCCGUCCGUGGGGCAGAGGGCGGCGAUGGUCAACCGGAUCCGCUCCCGUAAGCAAGUGACGUACAUGCUGCUUGCCGUGGCCGUGCUAUUCUUCAUCUGUCUCCUACCCUACCGCGUCACAAUGCUGGGACUAAUCUACGACGUGCAGAAAAUGCUGCAGCUGAUGGGCAGAAAGAGCGUGCUGAUCCUCAUCAUGAUCUGCCGCAUCAUGGUGUACAUCAACUCCACGGUCAACCCCAUCCUCUACAACAUCAACUCCACCAAGUUCCGCAGCGCCUUCAAGCAGGCCAUCGGCAUCACAGCUAGGAAUGACAAAAGCCAGGGAAUGACAGAGGCGAUGGCGAUGACCGAUAACAUCCGCCAGCACACACGUAGACACUCGCGUGCUGAUUCAGUACAAGAACAUUAGAUAAUGCCAAUAAAGUAACAAUUUAAGGCUUCUGCCUCUACCCGUACGCACCAACCCCUCCCCCGAAAUCAAUCCAUAUGGAUCAGUGUCACGGGAGCCUUAGAAUGUCUCAGAAGGAAAGGAGAAAGAACACAUGUAGCCAGGAAACAACACUGAUAUGACUUUAGCUUGACAAAUGAAAAAUCAGUAGAGUGACUGUCAACCAAUUGUUUGUGAAUUACUUGUUGCGAUGUUUGAACGCUAAUGUUUUUGCUAGGUAAACGAUUUGAGCAGACUUGUGCAGGAACAAGAAUGUGAAACACUUUAGGAAAUUUCUAUGUAUUAUAACUUAUUAUCAUAU